AUGGACCGAUCAAUAUCGCGGUUUCCUGAGCGUCGACCAUUCAUGUGGAGCAGCCCGGGGUCCGCAUCGCGCGAUGACGAAGACUUUUCCCGGUUCGACGUGCAUGCGCUGGCACGGGAAAGGAUAGGAAUAGGAGGCACAGAUGAAACUCUACUGGAUAUCUUUCUUGAUACUGCAGACUGCUCUGCAAGGCCCACAUACGAGCUACCUGUGUUCAGAAAAGUCUUUGGUGAGAGAGGAUUGGAAGACAUUCGCGACGGCCACCUUAAGAAUCCAACAGAGCCCGCCGCGUGGCUACAUGACAGAAACCGACAUAACCAACCGCGGCCAUAUAACGGAACUAUCACAGCCUCAAGAUUUUACGAGUUGACAAAAGAAAAUGUAGUUGUUUACUUUGAUGCGCUUACAGAUACAAGAAGGAUUUACCUUCCCAGCCCAACACUGGAUACUCUCGGAGUUCUGAUACUGAGAGCAUCUGAACACCAAGCUCCCGUUAUGAAAGACCUGAUCUUCAAAUAUCUCAAAGCCGACAACUCCAUUAAUCUACAUUCAACAGUUGGAGGCGAGGUUGGAGGAGAGUUUGUGUUGGGAUUCCAUAUGCCCUUUUUUGCCUGGAGAACAAAGGAGCCUCUCCGGGAAGAUCCGCGCCCAAUGUCUGAUGGCUCUAGGUUGAGGAAUCACAUUGACCUCACCUUUCUGUCGGAGUCGAAGAGCAAGAAAAUUCUCACUGAAGGGAAUGAGUAUCUCUACGAAGGCCAAUCAUCGGUUUGCAUUACUGGACGGAACACUGUCGUAUGGACUGCACUGUGCUUGGCCGACACCCACUUUGACAACCCAGACCCGAACAACGAGUAUCUCCUUUCGUUUUACGACAGUACGGAAGACUCAGAUUCAACUUCACUGCCAAUGGAUGCACUCAGCGUUGGCAGCCGGACCGCAAUCAACAUGUCCGGCUUAGAUCCACGAGAGUACUUUUUGCUGGUCGUGAAGUUUCGUGUUCAGAGAAUCAAAGAUGAAUGGAUCAAGAUCCUAUAUGAACUAAAAGACAGGACCAAUGCUUACCUUUAUGACCCUCACAUUCCCCUUCGUCGACGGAAGACGUCGCUUGGAACAGCUGCAGACGAAUCUCAAGAUGUGGAGAGAAGCGAAGCUUGGGUCAAGCAGUCCAGCCACUUGCUUACUCGUCUCAUCAACUGCAUCGCUGAGACCAUCGGCGUCUGGGAAAAGUUUGCCUCUCGAGACGCUGAGCGACUGAUUCACGGCACGGAUGAUGAUAUCGCGGGGAGAAUCGUGUCCACGUGUUGGGACAUCAGGGAGCUCUUUGACGAAAUGGAAAAGGCUCACACCGGGUUGAAAAGUCUCAAGUCCGAGCUCGAGAACUUCAAGACAGAGUUCCAGCUCGUCACCCCAAUGGCGUUGGCUGGUAGUAUGAUGCAAGCAGGUCUCACUUACGGGAACAAGGUGGCGUGCUUUGCCCUUAUGUCCGUCGCAAUAACGAUAAUCACGUUUGCAAUACAGCCUGCCCUGACAUGGUAUCACCGAAAGUCAGGGCAUCAAGUUUGCUUGCCUAUGAAACCAAAGAAGCUGGAUAUGGUUAUGGACUCAGAUGAGGCUGUGUCCAUGAAGCGGAGUGGUUUCUCGCUUCCGCCAUUCCCGGACUUUGUGUAUAAAAGACAUAGCCGGAGGUCCGACGCAGGCAUGAAUGAGGUCUGA